UCUUGCUCAUGAAGUCCUUUGUACAGCUGACUGACGUCACAUCCGCUCCACUAGAUUGGCAGCACAACCGCCAUUAUCAUAUCCCUGGAAAGAUCAUACACUUGAUUUCUGUCAAAAUUAGGACGAAAUAUAACUUUAAAUGAAGAUUUAUUAGUGCAAAACACGAUGGACGAAAAGAUCAAAUCAAAGAUAGCAAGCAAGUUGAUAACACGGAGCAAAACAAAAACAUCCAAAAGCCACAAGAAGAUUGUUGCUAUGCUAAACAACCUCAGUAAAGACAAAUCGGGUGCACCAGUAUCGUGGAAAUUCAACAAAUCGGGUAUCAAACAAGCCAAUAAGGUUGCUAAGAGACUACAAACUGCUCAAGAUAAGGAGCUCCAAAAGGGGCCAUCAACAUCAUCAGAGAGUAGAAAAACUGACAUUGAUACAAACAAACUUAAAUCUGAGAAAAAUGAUAUAAACAGUGAUCAAGUCAUUCCAAAGAGAAAGCCAGGAAGACCAAAAAUAAUCAGAAAUGAAAAUCAACUGUCUGAGUCUAACCAAGAUAUAUCUGAUACAGUAACUCAAGAAGAGGCUAUUAAUUUCAGCACUGAGGGGCAAGUAGAAAAUACACAGAAAUCUGGUCGUGGGAGAAAAAAGAAAAUUUUAUCGAAAGAUAUUCGAAUUAAGAGACUUGAAAUUUUAAAGCGUCAUAUUGAGAGAGGAAGGGGUCGAGGACGUGGAAGAAUAAAACGUAUUCGUGAAUUACAUUCAAUUCCUGUACUUGAAAAAGACGAUUCAGAUACAGACGAUAUGGAUGGUCAAAAUAGAAAUAACAUUAACCAAGAUAAACUUAAAUUACUAAAAGAACAAAUUGACAGUGAGAGGAAACGGGGCAGAGGACGUGGUCGUGGUCUCCGUGGAAGACCACGGAUAAACCUUCCUGGUAUUCAUUCUAGCAUUAUCAAUGUACAUCAUUUAACUACUCAAGCUGAUCAUGCAGGUGGUGAUUCAGAAUUGAAACCAUUAAGAAGUCGAGGUCGUGGUCGAGGCCGUGGAAGAGUUAAAAAAGGUCGACGUCCCUGGAAACAUUUGAAUGCAGAAGUCAGACCAGAUAACGACAUGCCACAAAUUUCAUCAACAUCUGAGCAAUCUUCAAAACCAAUAGGAAGGCCUUUUGGUCGAAGGGGAAGGGGUCCACGAUGGACAUCUUUAAAUAGACAGGCGUUAAAUAAAUCUGUGUUGAAUGAACAUACAAGAGCAGCUAUUUCCAGUGGGAACUUAACUUUUGGUGAACAGCUCAACGAGACUCCUGUGGAUUCUGAAAAUGAAAGUAUAGACUCUAAUCUAAGUAGCGCCUCCUCGAAGGCUCGUAAAAGAAAAUUGCAUCAUCAUUUAGGAAUAAAAUUAGGACCAUCAAAAAUGUUACGAAGUCAGGACAGCAUGAAAACAAGAAUUGUAAAGAAUUUGAGCGGCCUACCAGUGCUUAAAAAGAGGAAAAGAACAUUAAGUGGUGAAUUUGAUCUUUUAGACGAAAAAACAUUGAGGAAACAAAUGCGUGGGAAGGAUGACGAUGAUAAUUCUGUAGCACAAUCAUUCGAUGGUAGCUGGGCAGACGUAACCGAUUCAGAAUUUAAUGAAUCGCAGAUUGAUAAUAUUUAUGGCGAGAGUGACAGUGAUAUUCAGGACUCACAAGUAAAAUCAGAUAAAGGGCUUAUUUUCAAUGAAACUAAUUUGUCAGAAACGAGUAAAAAGUAUUCACAUCUGCAAGGAAUUAAGCUUGGUCGAAGGAAGGGUAGACCACCAAAAAUACUUUCAAAUGACUAUGAAAUACCAAUGAAAAUGAAAAAAAAGGCAAAAGACUUUACGAGUGUUAAAAGUUCAUACAUUCGUCAAAAUAAAUCGGGAAGAUUGACCAUUAUUGGUCCUGGUGGUAUUCAGUUUGUAAAAGUUAGAGGUCAACAUGGGGAGGAUAAAGUUGUUUAUAAGAUGGCAGUUGAUACGGAAGCUGAAAAUUGCAAUUUGAUAGAAAAAUAUAAUGACACAUAUGAGUCAAAUGCGAAGGAAGAAAUCAUUACUGUCCAAAUUGUCCAUGAUGAAAGCUUAAAAGAAAAUAUUGCCUUUCAAGAGAAAAAGAUCAAAGAAAAAUUGUCUGGCUAUCAUGAUGAUAUGUUACAGAAAGAAAUUGAUGUUAAAUCCAUUGAAAGUGUGAAACAAACUAAAGAUACUGUUGAUUUUCAUUCGAAAGAAAUACUUACCACCGAAGCUGAAAUAUCUCCAGAGACCAUACUUUUGUCCUUAAAACAAGUGAAGCAUGACAAAACAGAAUCAUCAAAUAUACAAGAAGAAACACCAAUAGGGUCAGAUGCAUUAAACAAACUUGAAGGUAAAACAUAUGAGACUGAAAUUCCAAGUUUGGCAGAAUUGGUCCCACAGCUAGGGGCUGAAGGCUCAUCAAUACAGCAUUCACAAACUAUUCAGGAAGUAGAAUCAUUGAAAAGUGAAAAUAAUUACAAUGCCUCAAAAACAAUAGAAGUUACUGAAAAAACAGAAACAGUAUCGCAGAAUAUUUCUGAACUUGACAAAAGCAUUCCUAAACAAGAGGAUGGCGUUAUUAGUAUUGAAGCAGCGUGUGUCGCAACAACGGCUUAUGACAAUUUCAAUAAAUUGGAAUCAGCAGCUAUCACAAGCACUGCUAUCAAUCGUAUUCAAAAUACAGAAGUCUCAAGUUUCCUAGGAAAAAUGACUGAUAACGAGGAUAAGAACAAAAUAUGUCAAGAAGAUGAAAAUGAAACUGUAGAUAAAGUAGAUGAUUUAACUGAUGAAGAACAUUUACAUCUAGAACUUUUGUCAGAUGAUCCAGAAAUUGGUGAGGUUGAAGAAUUGUCAUCAAAUGACCAAGCACAAGGUGUAGUUUCUGAUGUUCUAGAAAAAAUAGUGGAAGAGAUUUGCGGGGAAACCAAAUCUGAAUAUGAAAACAUGGAAAAGGACGAGAAUGCUUUAGAAAAGAAGGAUAAGAAUAAUAUUGAAGACGAGAGUGCAAAAGAUAAUGUUGACUCGGUAAAUAGUGAUGUAACAAUGUCUAUUGAAACUGAAAGUGCCAUGCUUCCAACGAUUGCAAACAAUGAAGAGAAAACAAAUAUUGAUAUUAAACAAUUAACAGAAACAUUACCUAUAUUGAAUGAGGCGAGCAAUGUACAAAUCGCUAUAAAGGAAGACAAAAUCAAAACAUCAGAUAAAGAAGCAAAGAGCAAAGAUGAAGGCAAGAAAACUGAUGAAUUAAAUGGGUCAAGUGAAGAAAGUAGCAUGUUAGAUAAAACCAGUGAUGGCUUUUUGGAAACUAGAACUGAAGAAGCUAUUCAGACUGAUAUUAAGGAAUCUAAUGCCAAUGUAAAUAUUGAUGACAAAGAAGAAAAGUCUGUUCCAAUUCCUACAGAAGUAUUGGAUAAACACGAAGAAUCAGCAUCUGUCAGUGAAUCAGCUGAAUUGCAAAAUAAACGGAAAAGAAAGAUAGAAAAUGAGACAGAUUCUAAGUCAGAAAGUGAAUCAAUGAGGGAAUCAGUUAUAGUAACAACACCUGAAACUUCAGGAAAAACAGAAGUCAAACGUGUUUUCCAGUUAAGAAAGAAGGCAUCUCGUUCUCCGUUAGAAAUAAUUGCAAUGAAACACAGUCUAGAAGAGAGAAAAUACAUGUUGGAAGAAACUCAACGUGCAAUCAGAAGGGAGGAAAAACAAAAGAAAAUGUUCCAAAACAAAUUAAUGAGAGAAAAAAUUGAGCAGCUUUCCCCGCCGAAACAUUCUAUUGACCAGGCGUCUCCUCCAAAACAAACAGAGACAUUACAACAUGUACAAGAUUGCUCUCCGGAAAAAGUAGAUGAACUUCUAGAAGCACCAACACAUUUAUGUAAACCUUGCUCCAUUGUUUUGAUUGACUUUGUGAAGUAUUUGAAAAUGAGUGAUCAUUCCGAAAAACCUACACCUGAUCUUGAUCACGACGAUAUGUCUACAACUGAAGAUGAAGCCGCAACUGAUACUGAAGGGACUGUAAAUGUCAAACCAAAGCAAGACCAGGCUGAAGUUGAGACUAAUGUCCAGAAUAAUUUUACCCAAUUAGGAAAUGAAUCUAAAGAUGCAACACAAAAGUCAGCCGCAGAAGGCUCAAAUCCUCCUGUCAAAAGACCAGCAAAAGCUCGGAAGCAAGCUAAAUCUUAUAAUUAUUCAUCUAAGUUGUCAAAGUUGACUGCUGAAAUAGUAUCAAGUCCAGAGCCAACUGAUAUUGAAACGAAAACUUUUACAGUUCCACCAUUGAUAUUAAAAAUUAAGCAGAAAGAAAAAGUUAAAAAGAAGUUUAAAGGUCACAAAUGGACAGCGCCUCGAAACAGAGCUAGAAAACAGAUGACACCGUUUAGAAGAAUCUUACCAAAACAAACAUUUGAAUUUGAAACUCUCGGGUCAAAAGACACAGCAUACAAUUUUGAGGAUUCUUCAGGGAAAGUAAUGCCAACAGCUAGCACAUUGUCACAAGUACCCAUUUCUGCAUCUACGGUGGUUGCGAAUCAAGGAUUAGCUUCAGAAUAUACAGAAAAUAAUUCAGCAAAUAUUUCUCUUCAGGCCAUGAAUAAGAAUUCUUCGGAGAAUAUGUUUAGGUUUAAAUGCAAUUACAAAAACUGUGAGUUUAAGUCACAAAAGAGAAAUCUUAUGGAAUCGCACAUUUAUAUUCAUUUGAACUCUCCAUUUAAAUGUUCGCAUUGUGAUGAAAUAUUCCCUUCCAGAAACGCAGCAUUCAAUCACUCCAAAAAAGCGCAUUGUGAAAAAGAACUAAAAAUUAUAACAGUUGACACUGUUGACGAAAGUAAUUAUUACGAAGAAAUUAAUACUCCACAAACAUCUGAAAAUUCCAACGUCAUUCAAGCCGAUAUACAAGACGUUCAGCAUUCAUCGGAAUCGUUAAUAAUUAGUGUCCGACUCCCUCGGAAUGUUAAUGACAGUGCUACUGGAUGUUAUUGUUGUUGUCAUUGUGACUUCUCCGCUAGUAAAGUGAAAGACAUCAACACUCAUGUCGAACAAGAACAUCGCGAGAACAUUCAAUAUCUUUGCUCAGUAUGCAACAAAUCUGUAUGCCGAUAUGGUGAAGGAAUCGCUAGACAUUUUUCUAAUGAACAUCCUGAUCAACCGGUCGCAUACAAAAGUUUACCGGAUUAUUACGAUGUCAGAAAAACAAUAGAAAAGCCUUCAAGUGGUGAUAAAGGGAAUAUUUUCGAUAGAAUGAGUGAUUUAUUCUCUGGGAAAAAAGGUUCAAAAACUUUUACUGAAAAAACAAGUGCAGAGGCCGAUAGUACGACAGCAGAAAAUGAUGAAGACAUUACUUCAACUGAUUCCCAACCAUCAGCUGAUGAACCAACUACUACUGAUCACCAAGAUACUAGUAAGAAAACAGUGGAACCAGUCCAUCAUGAACCAGAUGGAAUUGAACAGUUGGCUCAAAUGUAUGGUAACCCCACUUCUACUGAAGGGGAUAAAACAGAGGAUACCAGAAAUGCCAGUGUAGCUGAGAAUCCUAAUCAGCUAUUGGACGAUAAUUCUGGAAAUGACAUGGGACUGAAAAUCGUAGAUGUUGUCAGCUUACAGGGAGGAAGUGACUUUGCCAAAGAUGUUUGGGGCGAAACUGCCGAAUCAAGUAAACCCCCUCCUAUUCCUAUUCAAAUGCCAGUAAAUCGACCUCCGGUACUGGUACCCACUAGUAGUUUAAGGCAUCAGUUACAGGCUAAUAAUAGGCCACUUCUUCCCGUGCCACAAAGGAUGCCGUACAAUCAGCCUAGCAUUAUGGAUUCUGCUAAAUUAAAAGAGACUACAACAACGUACAAAUGUGAGAAAUGUAAUGUGCAUGCACCCGUGUUAUCUUCAAUGGUUGAACAUUUACGUACAGGCCAUAAAGAGAUUCCACGAUUAUUUUUAUGUCCGUUUUGUAGACAGUACGAAGGUGCUACCGAACCUGACAUUCAUAAACAUAUUAAGCAGUUUCAUCCAUCUCCUAACACAAAAAGCCCACCUGUGGCCUUGUCGAGCGAUGCCAAACAACAUUUACGAACAAUUGAAGUGCCUGUGGGCGACACACAAAAAGUUGAUGGGAAAUAUUUAAUUGAGAAGGACAUUUAUAAAUGUUUAAAAUGCAAGCGCCACAUGCCAUCUUUAGACUAUAUUUAUGAACAUUUGGAAAAAGAACAUAACGAAGUAUUUGUCUAUGUUUGUCCUGAUUGUAAAAGAUUCCGUGCUAAAGAAGAGGAAGUUGUAUAUAAUCAUAUUAAAACAGCUCACAACAAAAAUACAGACGAUAUAAUUCUAUCUCUUGCAAUUGAAGAAAAUCUCUUUACAAGGGUUCAGUGCCUUAUAAAAGAUAAAACCUCACAAAAUAAAAGUACAUCACAAAAACAGAUACCACCACCUCUAACCUCACAGAGUAAUCAACUAAGACAAGGAUAUGAGAAUAUGGCAGUUCCUAGCAACAGGCAACCGUCUAUGCCAGUGCCCAGUAUCAGGCAACCGUCUAUGCCAGUGCCCAGCUUCAGGCAACAAUCUAUGCCAGUGCCCAGCUUCAGGCAACAAUCUAUGCCAGUUCCCAGGCAACAAUCUAUGGUAGUACCUAGCAGCAGGCAACAACCUAUGCCAGUUCCCAGUAGUAGGCAUCAGCCUUUGCCAGUCUAUCAUCAAAGACCGCCUCAACCAUCAAGGCCACCAAUGCAGCCUGUCUUCCCUGGCAUGAUACAAAGUCAGCCUGUUAGAAUGCCAGGUCCAGUUCCUGGUUCUAUAGCGGUUCAUUCUCAAUCGAGCAAUCAGCCUAUAAAUCCAACACCACCUAUAAAUAAAGCUGCAAGUCGAAAGUCAUACCGACCUGUUCAUAUUCCUCAACAGCAAAAUACUGAGCCCACUCAGGCUCAAACUUUGCCAUAUAGUGAUGGUAGGAAGGUUACAAGUCCACCACCCUUAAUGAGAGGACCCCCUCCUCUUAUUCGCUUUCCAGGAAAUAAUUCACAGCCUCAGUCACAAGUAGUGCCAUCGACUACUUCUAUUAGACAUACAAACUUUACAAUGACAGAUAAGGUGCAGAGACUCCAUACUCAGUCUCAAGGACAAUCAAUGUCAAGUAAUGUCUCUCCGCCACCACAAAGUAGGCCAGUACUUAAGGUGCCAUCAGUACCCAUUAGACGGUCUGUGACGUCCCCAAAUCAGCAAAGUGAUGGGAAAACAUUGGAAGGUGGAGGAGCACCGUUAGACUUGUCUAGGAAUUCAACUCCCAAUAGUCAACACGAUAACUCUGAAGAUAUGGACGAUAUGUCGCCUGACGCAUUCCAAAUAUUUAAUUUACAACCAGCAAGACAGCCAACACCUAACAUUAGGCCAGUGCCAUAUUCACAAAUGCAAAGACCUCAACAGAUAGGACAGUACAAUCCAUCGGCCUACAAUAGACCGGGAAUGUAUAAUCAGAUGUAUAGGGCUCCUCCUCCGUACCCACAAUCGUAUCAAAGACCUCAUCAUCCAAGUCAAAAUCAAUUGUCUGGACAGAAGCCAGCACAACCUCUCAAGUGUCCGUAUUGUCCAAAUCUAGUGCCAUUAUCAAUGGGAGAAGUUGCUCCUCACAUUCAAAAAUACCACCCUGGUCAGAAAAUUCAGUAUGUGAAAAAGGACUAAAUUUUUUAAAACUGUUAUAUUAUGCAAAUUUGUAAAAAUAAAUACUUUUUUAUGUAUGUGCGUGUGGUACAGAAUAUUUUGUUUGUGUUUCUUCUAAUCAUGUUUGUAAUAAUGUAAUAUUAUGUUGGAUAAUAUGAAUCAUGUUUUCAUAUGUGAAAUACAACAUGUGUUGUUUUUUUCUAGUAAAAGUGUGGUAUGUUUUACAUUAAUUAGUUUAAGCACUAAACAUGCUAAACAAAUGUAUUUAUUCACAAACAUGACAAAAAUUUAGUUUUAUACAUGCACAUAAACGUUUUGAUAUUUCAUUUAGGUUCUUGUUCUAAAAUGUUCUAAGCAUUGCUAAAAAUAUCAUGUUUAAAAAUAAAAUCAUGUGGAAAAAGGGAAAAAGGGAAAUUUAGGAAAAUGUUCAUGCACUUAAACAUGUAUUGUAAAGUACAAUUACUUGUAAUUUUUUUGGACAUUAGAAGUCAAUUUUAUUUUUUGUAUAAAAUACAUUCAAGUUUAAAAUAUAUUUCAAACACAUUCCUAAAAUUAGAAAACUUUCCAUAGAUUUUUUCAAAGUUUUAUAAAGUGUUAUUCCAUAUUAGCAUUCAACACAUCCCAUGAUUGUCACUUCACAUUACCCCCUUCAGAAUUCAAAUUUAUACAUGUUUUAAUUAUAAUCUACAAACAAAACAGAUACAGAUAUUUUUGUUUUUAUCGGUAAACCCUUUUCCUUUGUCAGAAGAGAUUUUUAACAGUUAUUUACGGUGGUACCUAACACUACAGUGAGAUAACUCUGUAAAAUCAGAUAAAUGUUUUAAAUACGUUGUGUUGUUAAGAAAAUAUUAAGCUUCUCAAUGAUCAAAAUAAGUGUUUGUCAAACUGUAAUAUAACCAGUGUAAUUUUUGUGAUAAAAUAGUUGGUUCAAUUUUUUUAAAUUUUUAUAUAUUUUUGUCAAAGGGACAAAGUUAAUACUUUGUCAAAAUUUUAUCCAAAUUAAACGAGCCAAAUUGAUUUAAGUUAAAGUGUUGGGUACCAUCUUAACACUAUUCAGUUAUUUAUUCUUGAAAGCAUUUUUAAAAACUGCUAGACAUUGCAGAAGCGGUAGAUAAAUAACACUUUUAAAAGUGGUGUUGGUCUUUCAGAUAAAAUUUAAAUGAAAAUUUCAACUAAGCAUCCCUGCAAUUGAGGUAGACCUCACAAUUUAUACUUGCAUAGAAUAGACAGUAGUCAAAAUAGAUCCAUAAUUUAGCUUUUCAAAGUCUUGUUUCAUUUUGUUCAUUUUAGAUGUGUAAAAAAAUCACCUUUAUAUCUGUUAUACAGAUAUAGUUUUUGAUUGAAGACAAUUGUCUCCCUUCUUCAUCUAACAUUAUCAUGAUUAUGCUCUUGGAAGCUUAAAUUUUGAAUGAUUUGAAUUUACUCCAAUUUUCUUACAUUUUUCCAUUUAUCAUAUUCAAUGUUGUUUGUCAGUGAUUUUUGUAAGAUUUCACAUUAUAACUUGAAUUUCAAAUUUAUUAAUUUUCAUAUGAUCAUUAUUAUUGUUUAUUUAAUGUACUUCUGUUACAUAGAAAUAUGGGCAUUAUUUAUUUAAAUGUGCAAACAGUGUAUUGCUAUAGUCAACAUUAUAACUUUUUUUUAUAAUUCCUUCAUUUCGUAAUUUUUUUGAAUGGUCAAACUUUUGUUCGUGUACUUAGCUUGUCAUCUUUAUUUAUUACAUAACAGCAAAUCUUUAUUUACUGGUUCAUUACUUACAAUUUGAAAUUGUUGAAAAUCAUUCUUGCUUGGGUUACCUCCCUUCUUGAGAAUAACAAAAGUCUCUUAUUCUUUUUCAUAUCAAUAUUUCACAGACUUUCGCAAUGAUCGUUAGGAAUGCUAUCGUCAACUU